CUUUUCCGGCGGUGAAGAUCUCCCCGCGCCAACAUGCCUCUCGCGAAAGACCUCCUGCACCCCUCUCCCGAGGAGGAGAAGCGGAAACACAAGAAGAAGCGCCUGGUGCAGAGUCCCAACUCGUAUUUCAUGGACGUGAAGUGCCCAGGGUGCUACAAAAUCACCACUGUCUUCAGCCACGCGCAAACGGUGGUCCUCUGUGUCGGGUGCUCCACUGUGCUCUGUCAGCCUACCGGAGGCAAGGCCAGACUUACAGAAGGAUGCUCCUUCAGACGGAAGCAGCACUAACGACUGAAUCAAGAUGAAUGAGGAACUGUAAAGAAUAAAACAAGUUUGAUACAAUUUUCUUCACUGUCUGCCUUGCUUUAGUGUGGGCCCUAUCAAUAGUAGACGUUAAGGACUGGAGCUGGAAGGCUGCAUCCUUCUUUGGGACAGGCGCGCUGGACCUCAGAUCUUCUAACAGAAUAAACUUGUCUUCUUUAAGAA